AUGUCUGAAGAGGAAGUUGGAUUUAAUAUAUUCUAUUUGUUGCUGUUAUUCGCUGUAAUUUAUCCUCCGAAAGAGUUUAUAAGUUUAGGCUUUACAAUCGAGAGUAUAUUUGCCAAUUAUUUAGGAUCUGAGUCAAUAUUUUUCAUUAAUUAUCACAUAAAUAGAUCAUGUCUUAUGCUGAUGGUUCACUCGAUAGUUCCAAUUGUGUAUUUAAUGAUUUAUUAUCUCUAUUUUGGAGUGAAAUUACCUAAAAUAGUUUUCGUACAAUAUUUUUGGUAUAUGCUUAUCGUGUUGGCAUUUUUACUGCCCAUCGGAGCUUUAUGUCUCAUUUAUUACUAUAAACAGAAUAAUUGGCGAAAUCAUCCAAUUGCUAAGAUCCUUCAAAGAUACAGUAAUACACCAAAUAAUCCAGAAUCAUGGAUGACAGUCGCAGCUGAAAUAAACAAUGAAUUUAGAAGAACUGACAAAUUAAUCAAGACAUUCAGUGCUAUCACGAAGAUUGUAGUGACUGAAAAUUGGAUCAUGAAGACAUCACUGUAUUUCGUUCAUUUUGCACAUCAAUCUGAUUCUGCUUUAAUAGCUGUAAAUACAGAUUCACAUAAUAUCUCAAUUCAGGACACAAAUGACUCGGCACAGUUUGUAAAUAUUCAAGUGACACCAACACGUGAUGGCAUCAAACCCUUUAAAAUUCGAAUUAAUUCGCUGGACUUUAAGGAGCUUCAGGAUCGGAUUAAUCGUCCUAUUGUGAUUUUAUCAUCAGUAAAGUUCCACACGACAAUUAUUGAUCGAUUCGUCGAAGUAUUUCAUAGUGAAAUAGAAAGAAAUCCACGAUAUCGUGCUAAUCAAGCAAAUCUUGACAACUGUUUCGCAUGUAUGACGAAAAAGCCUGACGUAAAAAUUAACAAGCACUGCCCCGAUCAAGGUGACGAUAGAUGUACAAAUUGCUUUUGUCGUCCAAUGUGGUGUUCUUCAUGCUUAGCUAGAUGGUUUGCGAGUAGACAGGAUCAAAGUGAACGAGAAACGUGGUUAAACUCGAAAUGUAACUGUCCAAUGUGUAGGUCUAGAUUCUGCAUCCUUGAUGUGUGCCUGCUAGAGGAUGAAUAA